AUGGCCGAGAUGGAACAAACCGCUAUUGAGAAUCAUAACCUUCAACUUCCAGCUGGGUUUCGAUUUCACCCAUCCGACGAAGAGCUUAUCGUCCACUACUUGAAAAAUAAAGUCACUUCAUCUCCUCUACCAGCAACCAUCAUCACUGAAUUGGACUUAUACAAGUACAAUCCAUGGGAGCUACCUCCAAAGGCCUUGUUCGGAAAAGAGGAGUGGUAUUUCUUCACUCCAAGGGAUCGGAAAUACCCGAAUGGAACGAGGCCUAAUAGGGCGGCUGGUUUGGGUUACUGGAAGGCUACAGGGACUGAUAAGCAUAUUUUCAGUUCUUGUGGAACGAAGAGCAUCGGGGUGAAGAAAGCACUUGUGUUCUAUACCGGGCACCCUCCUAAAGGUGUUAAGACUGAGUGGAUCAUGAACGAGUAUAGAUUGCUUGACACCACGAUUUGGAGUACUACUUCAAAGCAAAAAGGGUCUAUGAGGUUGGAUCAUUGGGUUCUAUGCCGGGUUCGACAGAAAUGCAACAAUAUGAGGAACAUCUGGGAAGAUCAAAAUAUUACUCCUAGUUAUAAACUAUCUGGUAACUUUAGACAAGUGGUGGAUGAACCAUGUUCAAAGGAAGCAAGCCCUAGCAUUGAAAUGGUCAGGAGUUAUCUAUACAAAGACUAUCCUAUGUUGCCCUACAUGUUUGCCUCUCAGAAAGUGCUUCCUACCAUCAAAACCACUUCAAGCAUAAGCUUUCAGGACACUACUAAUGGAAAUGAGAAAUCUUGCAGCCCUACUCCUGUUUACCACGAGGCCAAUUCGAAUAAGAUUAACAAUGGCGGGCAACUUUUAGUUUCUUCCCUUGACAGUUUGAUCAACCCACUGAAGAGAAAGACUGAAGGAAAUGAUCACCCUCAACGUCGGUGUUCGGUUGCACCAAGCAAGAAGAUAUGUAACAGGGAUUAUCAAAUGGAGGAAGUAAGCAAUGGAUCCAUGAUGAAUCCUUGGGGACUAGAUAACCAGCUUGGAGCUGACAAUCUUAAUGUAGAUCAAUGGAGUUCCAUAAUCCAGUAUCAAGAACUCAGUCAGUUAAUCGGGUUUCCCUGCAACUGA